AUGAGCAAACUUUUAAUUGCUUUUGGCUUAGUAAUUCUUCUUGUCAUAACACCGUCAUACCAAAGUAAAGGAAAGAUGGGUGAAGAAAGAAAGUCAAGAAGUAUUAGUAGAAAAAAAAGCGGAGAUUGUACUAAAGGAAAAUUCAUUGAAACUGAUGGCGUGAAAAAAAAGUGCGAAAAUCAUGCCGAUUGCUAUGAUCAUCGUGAACCGAUAGCCUGGUGUAGACCAACAAGGAAUCAAUCAUGGAUAGAGAAAGGUUGCUUCUGUGACAGGAAGAAGCAUUUGUGCGUUAUCGAAAGAAUGAACAGUGGUACAGUGGAAUAUGCGUACUGCGCACCUUCCGCAACCUGGAACUGUCCAUAA